AUGCCUGGCAUAGACGUGCCGAACUUCACCGGCGAAGGCGUCAUACCGGCCUCGUUCUUCGACAUGCCCCUCGAAUUUGGAGGGGGCGGUGAAGAUGGCAGCCAGUACUAUCAGCCAAUGUCUGGCUUUCCAAUGGGUGACUUGCCGAUGUCGCAAGCAUCCGACUUUGACGCGCUACAGGCCCAGAUUGCCGCCAGUAUGCCACCAAUGCAAACGGCCUCGAACCCGGGCUUCAUCCCACCGAACCAUGCUGCGAUGUCCUCCUCACAUCCACUAUCUGUAGUCAAGAUGGAGACGGAUGAGCCGACUUCGGCUGCCGGCUCGUCACCCAUGACCGCCGGUCCAUCCACGCCCAAGCCGGCCGCGCCCAAAUCCAAAAAGGCUCCUGCCAAGCCCAAGACGGAGUCGGGUGAGACGAAACCGAAGAAGCCCAAGAAGAAAGCAGCUGCCACCGAUGGCGCAGAGACAUCAAAGGGUGGAGAAGCACAAGCAGCGUCACCAGCGCCAGUCAAGCCGAAGAAGCCUAGCAAGAAGAAGAAGGCCGACAACAAGGAUGCACCCGCGUCCGCCGCUGCCUCGCCGGCACCCUUCAUAACCCCUGCAUCUCCUGCCAAAGAGGCCAAAUCAAAAGGCAAAAAGUCGUCCGGAGGAGCGAAAGCAGGCGCCAAGACGGCUGGCAAGCAGAGGUCGUCCACGGCCAGGUCAGUUUCGCGCAUGUCAUCGGUGGGCAGAGAAGCAAACACGCCUGGCGCCUCGCGGACUGCUAGUCAGCGACCAGCCGAUGCUGAAAACAACGACGAGGAAGAGGCUCCUCGCGAGGCGCCGCCUGGAGAGGACGACGCAGAGGACGAAGAGGUCGAAGCUGACGACGGAGUGGAAGAGCUCGGCAAGGACCACUUCUCGACACAGGAAGCCAUCUACGCAGCGCAGCAGCGCAAUAUGGGUCUGCUGUCCAUGGUCAUGGACGAAGACCAGUUGGAUCGCCACAUGGCGUCGCGUAGAGGCGCUCUCAACAAGGCGAGCGUCCGAAAGCUGGUCAACCACGUGCUCUCCCAGUCGGUCUCGCAGCAUGUGGCCAUGGUCGUCUCGGGUGUGGCCAAGAUCUUUGUGGGCGAGAUCAUCGAGAAGGGUAAGCAUCGCGGUCAUCCGCAUCAACACGUUACGGCCGUGCACUCAGAGCUGACAUUGUCGUUUUCGGGCGCUACAGCACGCGAGAUCCAAGCUGCGCGCAAUGAGUCGGGCCCGCUGCGUCCGAACCACCUGCGCGAGGCACAUCGCCAGUACUAUCUCCAACGCGAACGGCCGGGUCACUAUCCGCCCGGCACCACCGCAGGCUUCCCGGGCGUCGGAAAGCGCCGACGCAUGUUCUGA